ACUGCCUGUGAUUAGAAGAGGAGUUCAAAGGCUUUUUAGCGCAGAGUGACUCAAUCUUCACGGAGCUGAAGCUGACUUUAGUGCGGCAGGUAUCUACAGGAUAGCAGCGCCCGCUGAUGCUGGACAGUUUAUUGUGUCGGUUAACAACUCACUUCUCGUUACAUUUACCACGCAGGCUGCCGAACUCGCAACACUGUUUCCAGUUUAAGAUGAAACACGUCCCCUCCACGCGUCUUUAGAGUAUUCCUGUCGUUUGCGUGAGCGAAACGGAAAUCUGGCUUUGAUUUGUACUUAAACGCUGCGCGACGCGGUCCGUAUCCUGCGCGCAUUCGCGUACACGCUUCGAAGUGCCUUCUCUACAGUAACAGUCCUGCACUUGUUGUCACCCUACUUUGUGUUUUAUCUCAAUUAGAUCAUCCAGUCAAAGGCAUGGGACAGUGUGGCUUCUUGGGGCCCAAUGUGUACUCAGAGGUCCCCGAUGGCGGCUGGGGAUGGGUGGUGGCUGUGGCCUUUUUCUUCGUGGAAGUUUUCACCUAUGGCACCAUUAAAAGCUUUGGCAUCUUUCUCCAGGACUUAGUGGAAGAGUUUGGCGAGACAUACAGUCGAGUCUCCUGGAUUGUUUCCAUUUGUGUGUUUGUCAUGGCAUUCAAUAGUCCUUUUUCCUCCAUGAUGACUAACCGCUUUGGUUUUCAACUUGUUGUUAUGACGGGAGGAUUGCUUAUUACCUCUGGUACCAUUGCCACCAUCUUUACCAGCUCCGUAAAUCAAAUGUACAUCACUUACGGAUUAGUUGCAGGCGUGGGUUACUGUCUGACCUUCCUGCCCACAGUGACCAUCCUUUCUCAGUAUUUUAACCAUCGCCGAUCUCUGGUCACUGCUGUGGCGUCUACUGGAGAGUCCCUGUCAAUGUUUGCCUUGGCACCAGUGUCCGUGUCAUACAAGCCAGAUCUUGAACACUCAUCGAAUGCCUCUUCAUCCGUUUUAGCCUUUUCAGCACUGAGGGACCAUAUUGGCUGGAGAAAUACCAUGGCAGUGAUAGGAGCUUUGCAAAGCAUCAUCAUCGUCUGUGGCGCAUUGCUGCGGCCGAUCGUUAUUAAACCCAGCGAGACCCUGAAAACAGAGACUGACAGCUUACCCCUAAAAGACCUAAAAGAUCUGAGUACACAUAAUGACUAUAUAGAGGACACAACCUCAGGGGUCUCUAUGACAAAUAAGGCAUCAUUUGAUCAAAACGCCUUCUGCACUUUGAAUAGUGAGCUAACUACAGGCUCUGUGAACACUGCAGACUCUGGUGUCCAGUCUCUAAAGGACACUGACAGCAGCAGGCCACAGGAAACUACUUUACUUCAAAAAGAAGCAAAGGUGGCGAUUGAGCAGGAACCUUUGGAAGAAAGUAAGGCAGAGAUAAAAGAAUCUGAAGAAGAGGUAAAAACAAGCAGAGAGGCAGAAAAAGAAGAGGAAAAAAACUAUUCAGCUGAUAAAAAGUUAUCUGCAAACAACUCCAAACUCUUGGACUUCUCCAUCUUCAGAGAGGGCAGCUUCAUUUUCUAUUCUCUCUUCGGGUUGUUUGCCACCAUGGGCUUUUUCGUUCCACACCUCUACAUCUUUGAUCUGAGCGUGAGCCGAGGCGUCAGAAAGGACCAUGCAGCCUACAUGCUCUCCAUCAUGGCUGUGGCUGAAAUCCUAGGCCGAUUCUCUAUCGGAUGGAUCCUGACACGGAAGCGGUUUAGGAAGAAGAAGCUUUUGGUGAUUUUAGCAUCUGUUAUUACAUUGACUGUGGUACAGGUGGGAUUUACAUUGGUUACAGAGUUUUAUGGCCUUGCUGUGUGCUGCGCUCUCUAUGGGUUCUUCCUGGGAACUGUGGCAUGCACCCACAUCCCUCUGCUGGCUGAGGAUGAUGUGGUGGGCAUAGAGAGGAUGACUUCAGCCGCUGGCGUCUAUGUGUUCAUCCAGAGCUUUGCUGGGUUGGCAGGACCACCACUUGGAGGCGUGCUGGUGGAUGUGACCGGUAACUAUGGGUCAGCUUUCUACUCCUGUGCAGCUGGCAUGGCACUGAGUGCCUUGUUCCUGGGUUUGGUAAAACCUGCUAAGAAAGGAUUUCCCUGUAUAAGACACUGAAGAUGUACACAAAAGCAAUGCAGCCCCCAAAGAGAAGAGCGCUAAGAGCAAACUGAACCAAAGAAAUAGUGAUCUUGAGGGUGUUAAAUGUUUGGAUUAAGCUGAUAUAAAAUGAGAGUAAUAAGGGGGAAUCAAGCCAUGGAAGGGUAGAAGGUUAAAGGCCUCUGUUGACUGCUGUAACAGCAUGAAUACACUGAAGAGAAAGACAUUUAGUGAGACUGCGCUUUCUGUAGCUGCAUAAGAUCUGCCUUUGUAGGUCAGGUUUCUGAGAGCAAUCGGUCAUUUUUAGAUCACAGUAUUUAAGUAGCAGUUGUGCCUUAAUUAUCUGAUAUACCAAACAGUGUUUUUAACUGUCAGUAUUGCUACAGUGAGUAUUUUUAAAUUAUCUUUGAAUAAGUGUUUUAAUGGACGGUUGUGGCAAAAGGUACACUUAACACUGACACUCGAUAAUUACCUCCUGGUGAUCAGAACGAUAAGAUAUCCAGACAAACUGUGACGCUAACAUAGCUGCAAAAACAAUCAGCUGCACAGAGUUUGUUAGACUUCUAGGAAAUACCUGAAACUCAGGAGUUUUAUGUUUCUUACUGGCAAUCAAAUCAAACUGUCACUAAGUUAACAGUGCACUGGUAUUUAAUAUGGGAUGUCAAAGCGCAAACUAUUUUUGUAAUGAAAAUGUGUUUGUUCAUAAUAAAG